AUGAAACAAUGGAUUACCCGUCAAGAUGGUCUAGAGAAACUAGAACUUGUGGAUACCCCUGAACCAAGCGAUCUCGAUGAUGGCGAUGUCUUAGUCAAAAUCAACUGUGUCAGUCUCAAUUAUCGAGAUACAGAAGUGUGCUCUGGUACCUUCGGAUUCCAUCCUAGCGCAGAUCGCAAAGAUGAACCCAUCGUCCCGUGUUCAGAUAUUUGUGGGACUGUGAUCAAGGUGUCACGGAACAGUGCAUACCAGAAAGGCGAUCGGGUCAUGGCUAUUUUUAAGCAGAGUCAUCUCACCGGCCAAAUGAAAGAGCAAGACUUUGAAUCUCUCCUUGGAGCACCAUUACCCGGCUGUCUCACACAAUACCGGGUGUUCCCGAGCGCAGGUCUUGUGAAAGUUCCGCAAUAUCUGACGGAUGAAGAGGCUUCGACCUUGCCAGUCGCAGCGGUUACCGCGUGGAUGGCUCUGAAUACAUUUCAGCCCCUAGGUUCUCCUUUGAAAGGAAGGGGGAAAGUUGUCCUGAUUCAAGGAACCGGCGGCGUGUCUGUCUCAGCAUUGCAAAUGGCGCAUGCACUUCAACUAACCACGAUUGUAACAUCUUCAUCAGACGAAAAGCUAAAAAGGGCACAACAGCUAGGUGCAACUUAUGCAAUUAAUUAUAAGAAGAAUCCGGAUUGGCACGAAGCAGUACUCGAAAUGACAGAUGGUAAAGGAGCCGAUGUCGUCCUCGAAUGUGGUGGCGCCGAUACCUUGGCAAAGUCAUUUAAGUGUGUCGCUUUUGGCGGCCAGAUCAGCUGUGUGGGUUACGUAUCUGGCAAAGAUGCCAGUUCACAAAUGAACACAAACGUACUCGCGUUGUCGCGAAACGUCACCCUGAAAGGCAUUGUUUGUGGGCCAAAAGAUAGGUUUGAAGAGAUGCUGCAGCUGUACCAGGAGACCGAGGUUCACCCUGUGAUUGAUCGGACUUUUGAGUUUCUGGAGGCCAAGACGGCUUUACGUUACCUUGCCGAAGGAGGUCAUAUGGGCAAGGUAGUUGUUAAAGUUGCAUAA